AUCUUCAAAAGAAUAAUUGAAUAAUAAAAAAAAGAAGAGAGAGAAGAAAAGGGAGAGAGGCAGCAAAAAAAUAACAGUAACUAAAAGAUAAAUAACCAAAUUGGAAGGAAAAAACUUGAGGACUUAAAAGAAAGUCAGAAGGGAGGAAACUGGAUUAUCUCACCAACACCACCCUGCUCAGCUAAGAAGAGAAGAUGUACAUGGCUUCUGACCGAAUGGAUCAACAUGGAUCUGCAGGAUGCAAGAGCCCUAACUUGGGAAAGGAAGUGCAUGGCAAUCGCUCAUGCAUGUUAAGAAUUGGAGAGAGACUGAUGAGGGCUGGCAGUGAAGGGAACCUGAUCCACAAACCCAUUAAUACACACAGUCAAAUGUCAUCAGAUGGAUCUCAGCAAGGAUUAAAAAAGCAAGCACAACAACCAAACCUGCAGGAAAAACCUAAAUGCACAGGAACUAACUCCAACAAAGAUUUUGGAUCCUUACCAUCAAAACUGUCUUACUCCACAAAUUCUACUACAAAAAGCAGCAGUAUGGAACAUUUGCCACAGAAGAAGUAUCACAGCAACACCUGGCUUUUCUGCAACCCUGAUCUUUCCGCUUCUGAUUCAGUUCUACCCUCUCCUCAUACAUUACCUGGAAGUUCUGCACAAGCUGGUGCCACCUGCAGAGAUAAGCAGCUGUAUAGUCAGAUCAUACGGAAGUCUGAUUUGGAAAAGAAAAAGGAUGUGCUCCUGGAAGACCUCAAACAGAACUAUCCUAACCAUGCUGCUGUUGUUAUUGGACAUCGUGAGAGCAUAAAGGAGAAGGAUCUCCAAUCUUCUAAAAGCUUCAACUAUUCAGGUGUGGCGAGUUUGCCGAAAGAGCAGAGCAUUUGGCUUUUAGAAACCAUGUUCAAUGGAGACCAUCUACCGACAUCAAAUCCCUUCACACGAGGCUGCAAAGCAAGGGCAAGUCUACCUGUAGGAAGUUCCAGCUGUCACAGAAGAGAGAAGCCACCAGGUGUACUGUACCUACAGUAUGAGGGGGAGACAAAGCAGGUCAGGAUUCCACCAGAGAUCAUCAGUGAGGACUCCCUGCGGGCUCUGUUUGUCACUGCCUUCCCAUAUCAGCUCACCAUGAAGAUGCUCCUGCCUCCAAACAUGGCCAUCUGCAUCAAGGACUCCAAUCGCAAUGUGUACUAUGACCUGGAGGACCUCAGAGACAUAUCACCAUAUUCAUGUCUGAAAGCAUAUCAUAAAGACCCCGUACACGUUUUUCAUCCCCAUGGCAGGCCUGGCAACACAGAAAAAAUGUGAACUGGAGGUCUAUGUAGAGUGUUUGGAAAGCUCGUCCUCUAUCCUGGGCCAGCCGUCCUUCACUCUCAGAGAUGUGGAGGAGGGAACAGUCAGCCUGCAAAGGCUUGAAGAAGCUCUAGUUGUCCUCAAAGAAGAGUUCCCAGCACUGCAGGCCAAAAUGCGCAGAGUCCUAAAGCUGGAAGUGGAGGCAGCACAUUUCUUAAAAGAAGAGCCUCGCAAGAUGGACUCCAUGUUGAAAAGGCUUACAGCUCUGACUGAAACUCUUAGCUCUCUCCGCAGGAGUGUGUCAAAUUCAACACCCUCCACCAGAUCCGCCCAAGUUGAAUCGAUAA